AUGAGAGAAACGCCAAGUGAAUUCAUUCAAAGAUACGGGAUCUCGGCCGAGUAUGGCUUCCUUCCUGACACCGCUCCUUUACAACGCCUACCGGACGUCUAUUACCAGCCUUGGGAGACACUGGCGGAAAACCUUGCUGAACUCAUAAAGCGCGAUGUGAUCAGGACAAAGAUCGAACAUCUACCGAUCCUUGGUACAGGCCAACUGCAAACCGACGCAGAAUGGCGGCGAGCAUAUGUGGUUUUGGGAUUUUUGACUCACGCAUAUAUCUGGGGCGGAGAACGGCCCGCAGAGCGACUCCCGCCUCAACUCAGCUGCCCCUUUUUGGCAGUGUCCAAGUACUUGGGGCUGCCGCCCACCGCACUGUUCUCGACACUCAGUCUUUUGAAUUUUGGAUUGAAAACCCCUGGCAGUGAUCGAACAAACCCAGAUAAUCUCAAGUCAUUGUUCUCAUUCACCAACACGAAAGAUGAAGAAUGGUUCUACAUGGUGUCCACCGCCAUCGAAGCGACGGGGGGCCCUCUCAUCCUGACGAUGCUUCGCUGCAUCCAAGCUGUGAAUGACUGCGACGACAACUUGAUUUUGGCUUGUCUUGGAACCUUGACCGAGGGGAUCCGAGAAAUUGAAAACAUUCUAAAACGCAUGCAUGAACAUUGUGAUCCACAGGUGUUCUAUCACAAUAUUCGUCCGUUCUGUGCCGGUUCCAAAGGAAUGGCAGCUGCCGGGUUGCCAAAUGGUGUCUUUUACGACGAAGGCGAGGGCCGGGGCCAAUGGAGGCAGUACAGUGGCGGGAGUAAUGCCCAAAGCUCACUGAUCCAGCUCCUCGACAUCUUCCUUGCUGUCCAGCAUCAUGAAACGGGAGAAAGCAAUAAUCACCACGCUAAGGCGCAGGGUGAGGGGACUGACCCCGAUGGGUACUUAAAAGAGAUGAGGAACUACAUGCCACCGUCACACCGCGAUUUCCUGGCGCAGGUUGAACGAAUGAGCAACCUGCGAGGAUAUGUCUCACAGCCCACAGCUUCCAUGGAGGUUCAAGAAGCGUACAACGACGCCACUGCGGCCUUGACUCGCCUUCGAAACAGCCACAUCCAGAUCGUCGCCAGGUACAUUGUGAUGCCCUCUCGGAGCCCACCAGCCGCAUACAUCGUCCAGCGGAAAGGAGCAAACCUGGCCACAGCAUGUUCAACGCAACCAGCUGGGAAAGGGCAGGACGACGCAUCAGUGACGAGACAGUUACACGGCACCGGAGGAACAAGCGUGAUGCCCUUCUUGAAGAGGACCCGAGAUGAGACCAGAGAAGCAGUAAUACAAGUACACGUCUCUUGA